GAUGGAACUUUCUAAUCUAACAGCCAACAUAUAACAUUCCAUGAUACAAUUGUGAAUGAGCAAUCAGGGUUCAAGACACUGGACCUCUGGAUGGACUGAGAUUAAAGACAAUACAACAAACUAGCAAAACAAGGUCUUUCUACAGCAAAAGAACAUGUUUAUAUACAAAAAUAACUCCACAAAAUAAAUGGUCGGACGAUUCAGAUUUCGUAGGCCACUUGCAUUCCAACGAAUUCAGGAUUUGACAAACAGGUUUAAUUUUUACUUUGCUAUGACAAUUAUAUUUUCUUCAUUGCUUCAGUUUAUCAGUCCCUUUUGAGGAGAAUUUUUAAUUUACUCCCAACCUCAUGUUUACUGUUUUCACUUUUGCACUGUUCAUCGUUUUGAUAUUUUACUUCUACAUAAGGAUUGAUUAUGAGAGCUAAGACAGAUAUACAUGUGCUCUACGUUACAAUUGGUUCGUAUCUCUCUCGGUCAGUCAUCUACAACGUAGGACCAGACACAUACAUGCAUCAGCCCAAGUUGCCACACCUCUUUAGCACAACAAAAUAAGCAUCAAAUUCAUAGAAGUAGUCACUUCAAUUGUAGUAAUAUAUGAAAGAAAGACUGUGUAUAAUAACAUAGUACAGAAAGAAAGAAACAGUUCAUAGAACGAAGGAUAUAAAGCGAUUUUAAUCUUAUGGUUUAAAGAAAGACAAAGAGUGUAUGCAUCGACGCCAUUGUGAUAGAUUCUGGACCAUAUCACCCAGAGUCUCCAACCAUUGGUUACGACAGUCAUGUGGACUCCAACCAAGCAGUAUGCAUCUACCAACAUGGCUAAGACGAGAAGUUAGCGACUUCAAUGACUGAUGCCACUUUUUCGUUUGGCUCCCCAUAACUUUCUCCAAUCUUCCUUCAACACUAGUCAGCAUUGCGCUUCGUGGUAAUCGAUGUUGAGCCAUAUAUAACUCGCCUGGAUUAUUUUCGGGACUUAGAUUAUUCUAAAGAUUUGACAUAUAUAACGUCGUUUGGCCGCCACUAACUUUUUCCAAUCUGCCUUCAACACUAGUCAGCUUUGCACGUCGUGGUAGUCGGUAGUUGGACAUGUGCAAUACGUCACCCAACCAUCUCAGUCGAUGUAAAUUCACAACCUCACCAACUAAAUUACCAUCAUUCCCUAGUAUCUUCCGUCUAACAUCACUAUUAUUUAUCCAGUGAUCCCAGCAGAUGCUGGCAAUAUUUCUAGGACAUCUGUGAUCAAAUACUAGUAACUUAUGAGUAUCUUCUACUCUUAAUGGCCACGUUCUGCAGCCGUGAAGUUCAGGUGUUGACGCAAGUCAGUUCUAAAGCAACGAUUUGCAACUAGAAAGGGGGGAAGGGCAUCCCUAACAUUCUGGCAUUGUUGCUCAGUGCUAUCAAAAGACUGCAUUUUAGUCUUCACCAAACAGGAUCAUAUCAUCUGCAUAUUCUAAGUCGAUAAGUGGACCUCCUGGUAGGAGAUCAAUGCCCGAGAAUUCAGUCGACGAGAGCGUUAUUUCCAUCAGUAAGUUUAUAAUGAAGUUAAACAAAAGUGGAGAAAGUGGACAGCCUUGUCGGACACCACUUGAGGUUGCAAAAUCAGAUGACAGUUCGUCAUAAGCUCUGACUCGACUAGUAGUGUUCGAGUAAAGAGCCUUCACAAGAUUUACGUACUUCUGAGGUACGCCUUUCGAUGACAGACACUGCCAUAGAACCUCUCGGUCUACAGAGUCGAAUUCUGCUUUUAGGUCAAGAAAGACCACCAUUGCCGGACUCCGAUAAGCAUGCCUGUGUUCUAGAACCUGAUGAAUGGUGAAUAUGUGGUCGAUGCAGCCAGCCUGAUUCUCUCGUGUUUGCAGUUCACAAGUCUUUGUUAGGCACCCGAUAAAUAUUGAAGCUAGUAUUUUAGAUGCUAUGUUAUCAAAAUAGUGCCUCUAUGGCUACCACAGGAUGACAAUCAGUGAUUGCGACCAAUCAGAUGAGAUCACGUCUAACUCAGAUUUUAUGAAAUAUUAGUUAACCUAAUCGCCAAAACUAGACCAAAAUCCUUAAAGACAUCUGGAGCCAAUCCAUCUGGACCAGCUGCCCCUCCUCGUUUCAGAUUAGCUAUACCUUUUUGAACUUCAGUUAUAGUCUGCGGACCUACUUCCAUGUUCCAUUCACGCUGUCUGGGAAUGGUAGGUAGUUGUAGAGUAGCUGAAGGCCAGCUGAACUGCUCCUUAAAAUGUUCGGCUCAUCGUUCUAAACGUCUAGACUGAGAGAACAUAAGAGUGCCCUUUUUUCUGUGAUUGUCUCACUUACACUAAACCCCUUAAUUCCGGUUUAUUUUAUUAUUCUGAUAAGCUGUCUGGUGUUACCUACAGCCGUUGUCUUUUCCAUCUCUUUUGCUUUCGUUACCCACCACUGCUCACGACUGUUCCGUAGACUUUUGGUUAACCUAGAUCUGAUUUGCUUUCGCUCUUCAUCGUGUUCAGAGCCUGAUGGGAUGAGUUUACGAGAAUCCAUCAGUGCAAUAGCCUUAGAAGAAAUCCAAUGGUUUUUGGUACCCCUUUGGUUAAAAUCACUAACAGAUGUCACUGCCGUUUCCACAGCUGUUUGUAUAUCUUUCCAGGCAACAUCUUGGUCAGCCUCGUUUUCAGAACUACCUAAUUGUGACCUCAGUUGUUCCUGGAACCUACUUUUGGUUUUCUCGUUACUCAACUCAGUUCUAAUUAGUCUUUUUAAAGUGGCUUUUUUGCAUCCAGUUAGGCGCAAGCAGAUGCGUGCCCGUAUUAGGGCAUGGUCGGAGUCCAAGCAGGUACUCCGUAAUGAGCGACAAUCUUGUACCGACCCUCUCCAACGAUGACUGAUGGCAAUAGUCUAUUUGAGUCCAUCGUUGGUUUAGUGUAGGGGGUCGCCAUGUUAGACGAUGUCUUUCCUUAUGCUUAAAAUUUGUGCUUGCUAAAAAUAAACGAUUGGCUGAGCACAGUUGCAGCGGACGAUCGCCAUUAUCUGUUUGCUGAGUUGAUAUACCAAAAUACCCACCCAAAUGUCUUUCUGUUUGGUUUAAGCUACCUAUGAUGACGAUGAGAAAGAUUACAUAUUAAGUGAAAAGUACAAACUAGUACACCUGUCAUCACACUAUUUAGAAGAGUACUAAAAUUUAAUGAUAUCCGUUCUAAAAUAUACAUCUGAAGCAUUUCAAGAAUUUUCAAUGAUAUAAAUAACCGCACACCUAUAUUCUUGAUCAGAUAAACAUGAAUUAAAUCGACAGUACUUACUAGGUAAUAUUGUGAGUACUUACGGAAAAUUUAUAUGUAACGCAAUACUUGAAUGGUGUGC